AUGAGAAUAGAAGAGCUGCAAAGUAGUCUAGAGGCGCAAGAGUUGCGCAUGACUGAAAGAACUUCUGAGAGGGAAGUUGAGCAGGCUCUGAAGGCUUCUUUUAUCAAGAAGGACCAGAAGCUGAAAAAACAUGGUAGGUCGCAGAAGUCAGAAGUCUUCUAUUCUGAUAAGGAGAAACAUCAGAAGGGAAAGGAGAAAUAUGACAAGAGAAUGAUUCAGUGUUACUGUUGUAAUAGGUUUGGCCACUUUGCUAAAGAUUGUUGGUCAAACAAAGAAGAAGCAAAAAUAGCCAGAGGAGAUUCUGAUGAUGAACCUGUGCUAUUAAUGGCUUAUGAAUCUGAUGAGGAACCUGUGAAUUCUGAAGAAGAGUCAGAAUCUAAGAUUUCUGAAGAUGAGUCAGAGUUAGAAGAUGACUCUGAAGCUGAAGACAAGUCAGAAUCCGAAGGUGAUUCUGAGUCUGAAGGAGAAUCAGAAGAUGAGUCAGAAUCUGAAGAAGAUUUUGCUUCUGAUGAUGAGUCAGAACUUGAAAGUGGAACUUCUGAAGGCGGAGCUUCUGAAGGUAGUCCAGCUUCUGAAAGAAAAGAUUAUGAAGUUGGAACUUCUGAAGGCGAUCCAACUUCUAAAGGUGGUAGUUUUGAACAAGACCCAGGAGUUAACAAAGGUGGAACUUUUGGUGGUAAUCAAACUUCUGAAGAAAAUCCAGAAGGAGAUAUGGUUCCAGAAUCAGAAGGAGAUUCUGAACUAUUGGGUAUUGAAGAAGCACUCGAGAAGAAAGGCUGGCUGAAUGCCAUAAAAUAA